AUAUAAACAAUACGAUAAUAUCAGUCAUAAACAAAAACAGAAACAGGACAAUACAAUACGGGCCAUAAAAAUAGUGCAGUACUUUAGAUUGAGAAUAAAUAACCUGAGGUUCGUAUCAUAUAAACCUCAAGAUAUUCUACCAUGAAUCUAACUUGUGCUAUAUGUGCGGAACUGUUUUUACCAUCUGAUGAUAUCCGCGCAACGCCGUGCGGGCAUGCGUUUCAUUAUACCUGUGUUUUACAGUGGUUUGGAAGGUCACAAACAUGCCCAGAAUGUCGUAACAAGUGUUCUGAGAGAACAUUGAUAAGGUUUUACUUCAACGUCGCCGCAGCUCCGCUUGAAGACACCGCAACGUUACAGAAUAGGUUGGAUGCUGCCACCUUAGCGCUUCGGGAAGCGGAGAAAAAAGUAAAGGAUUUAGAAGAAACGAAUGUGUCUCACAAAUCAGAGAGAAAAAAGAUGAAGAAAACGGUAUUAGUGCUAGAAGACAAGCUUAAAUCAAGAGAUUUUACACUAUCUGUAUAUGAGCAAGAACUCAAAAUGCUUCGGGACGAUAAAUUCCUUCUAGAAAAACUACAAGUUGAGCUAGCGGAAUUGAAAAAUCAAAAGAAAUUGACGUCACUGGUGCAGUAUGCUCUCUCGGCAACGACAAAAGAAGUUGAAGAAUUGUUGAAUCGUAACGAGGAUCGCCAGACGCUGGCAGUUUUGGCGGCCACGUUCAAACGAGAGCUGAAGAGUUCUGAGGCUAAAAAGCAAGAGAUGCGUGAUAGAAUGAAAACCAUACAGAAUGAGCUCUCAGAUGAAAGAUCCAAAACGAGGACUUAUGCGGAUAAACUUUCGUUUGCGGAAAAUGAGAUGCAUAGACUAGAACAGGAGGUGAAAAAACUAGAGAAGCUCUUAAAUUCCAGGGAAGAUGAGAUACCUAAUACACCUGAGCAAACAAUGAAAAGGAAGCGUGUCGCGAUAGAUUUGAACAAGAGUACUCCUAUGUCCGAGAAAGUAGAGAAGAUCACCCAGUCAGAUUCGCCGUAUUUUGACAUACAAUCCUGCAGUAUAGGCCUUGUUCCACUAUUGCGACCUGGCAUGAGUGCUUCCGCUAGAUUCGGCAAGUGUCCAACAGAAACCUCACAAACUAGUAGUACGCAAGACGAUCUAAGCAAAAAAUUCUCUAUUUUUCGGAAACCACGAUUGGCUACGACUUACUCCUUGCCAAUGAACAAAAAUCUAGUCUACAACGGAUUGGGCGGAUCGGAAAAGAAAGAAAAUUUUCCAGGAUUCCCGGAACCUAAACAGUCGGCGUCUACCUCGCAUAUAGUGAAACGAAUUGGAAAGACCAGUUCAAGUAGCUCAGCCCGACUGAAAACAGGCCAGUUAAAGAAACCUUCUGCACAGGGUGUUGAUUCAAACGAGACAUUGAUUUUUUUAAAUAUACCAUUAGAUGAUUGAAACGAGUACUUGCUACAUGUUUUUGGAA